AUGCCGGCUGCGGGGAUGCGCCGCACAACGAGGGUGUUCGGCAUGAAAGGGGCCGACUCAGCCCGAGUUUUGCGCUCCGGGCGGCGGCUGUGGCCGGAUUCGGGUGAAAUCAAGACGAAGCGAUCCAACGAUGGGGACGAGUGGGCGCCGCCGCCUAAGGCGGCGAGACUCGACGCCAUGGCAUCACCACGUGGCGGUGCGAAGGGGAGACGCGAAGAGGUUGUGGUUGAUGUACCCAUCAAGACCAUUGAUAGGAGAUUUGGCAUUGUGUAUGUGAGGAGGCGGAAGGGGUUGAAAAAGGAUGGUUCUAAAAGGAAUGUGGAUGUUUCGUUUUGCGUGUUUUCAGCUGUUGUGAGUCGUUGUGCAGGGAAGAGUGGUCGGUUUUUAAGGCUGUUGGCUUCGGUGGUGAGGUAUGUCAAGAGGGUUCGGGUUUCGCCGAAGAAGCUUUCGGGGUUCUUUAUGUCGCGGGCUAUUAAUGGUGUUUUUGCGUCCCAGGGGAUGCAAUUCGUGAAGGGUCCUCCUGCUGUAAACUCCGGAGUAUGCAAGUUCUUCGGGUUGUCAGUGUUAGUGCCAUUGUUUUUCGUGGACUUUGCCGCUGUUCCUCUUUGUUUUGAGUAUCUACAUUCUGCGAUGUUCUUAAGAUCUAUUCGUAGGUCACUUUUGCUUGUAUAUAAUCCAAUAAAUGUCCAUUGUGAUGUUGAGGAAAUCGAGUCAGAUGAUGAUUUGCUUGAUUACCAGAAUGAAAAGCAGAUUUCUAGUAAUACCUUCAAGAGGGAUCCUUCUGAGACUGGAGCUGUUACAUCUGAUGUUAUUGAAAUCAAUGAUGUUUUAUCCUUACAUUCUCCUGUUCGGGUUACCACCAGGGCAGCUGGUCGGAAUGGACAAUAUAGGAACAUGUUGAAUUCUAGAGGCAUUCAGAAGAGGAGAAGUUCACUCAGGAAAAGGAAAGCUCGAAAUCCUUCAAUGAUGAGUUUACGCAGAAAUGGAGCAGUGGUUUCCGAGUUAACAGGUGGUAGGAAAAGUAAUAGCCAGUUGUCUGGUGUGACCUCUAGCAAGAAACUUAGGAGUUUGGUGAACGGUAGCACCACUGAGAGCCUUGAAGACGCCAGUUCAUCCUUAGUUGAUUCGAAAGAAAGACUAGGUUUAUCUUCAUGUUCUGCAAACAUACUGGUAUCAGAGAUACAUCAAUGCUACCGGGAGGAGGGAGCAAUUGUUACUUUAGAGAUGUCUGCUUCAAAAGAAUGGCUUCUCACUGUAAAGAAAGAUGGAUUAACAAGAAGCACAUUCAAAGCAGAAAAAGUGAUGCGGCCCUGUUCAUCCAAUCGAUUCUCUCAUGCAAUAAUGUAUUCUUUGGGCAAUGGGUGGAAACUAGAGUUUACCAAUCGCCAAGACUGGAAUGUCUUCAAAGACCUCUAUAAGAAGUGUUCGGAUCACAAUAUCCCUUCUACUACUGCCAAAUUUAUCCCAGUUCCAGGUGUACGGGAGGUGUCUUCAUAUGCAGAAAGUAACAAUUUUCCCUUUCAUAGACCAGAUACAUACAUAUCUGUCUUUGGUGAUGAGUUAACUAGAGCAAUGACUAGGACAACUGCAAAUUAUGACAUGGACUCUGAAGACGAGGAGUGGCUGAAAAAGUUCAACAGUGAAUGUCAAAACCAUGUGUCAGAAGAUAAUUUUGAGUUGAUUAUUGAUGCUUUGGAGAAGGUUUAUUAUUGCAAUCCAGAUGAUAUGUUUGAUGAAAAAACCGCAGUUAAUGGUUGUCAGGACCUUGGUAGCAAGGAGGUGAUAGAAGCUGUAUAUAACUAUUGGGUGAGAAAACGGAAGCAAAAACGAUCUUUGCUGCUUAGGGUUUUCCAGGGUCAUCAAUCAAAGAGAGCUCCACUUAUCCCUAAGCCCUUACUGCGAAAAAGGAGGUCGUUUAAGAGACAACCCAGUCAGUUUGGCAGAGGCAAUCAACCAAGUGUGUUGAAAGCAUUCGCAGCUGAGCAAGAUGCCAUGGAAGAAAAUGCAAUGCUGAGGAUUGAAGAGGCCAAAGCCAAUGCAAACAUGUCCAUGGAAUUAGCCAUACAAAAACGCAAAAGGGCUCAAUCUCUUGCUCAGAAUGCAGAUCUGGCCACCUACAAGGCCACAAUGUUAAUUAGAAUAGCCGAAGCAGCUCUUACUGCAGAAUCAGUAGAUGACGCAGCAGCAUAUUUUCUUGAUUAA